CAAAAAAAAAAAUAAAAAAAUUGGUUCCACUUCGAACAGGAUUUAUAAGCGUCGCAGAGCUCAGUCACAAUCAUAGCAAAAAGAGAAGCAACAGAAGAUCAUCGCCUCCGUCAUCUUCCACCAACAGCAUCAUGAAGACACUCUGCCUGUCCGUAGGAAUGAUACUGAUCAUCGCCUGCUGCUGCGAUGCCGUGCUUCAGGCUGUACAGUACAACACAGGUCCUAUAACCUGUUGCGACCAAUUCAGCAACAUUAGAGUGCCAGAAAAAAGGAUUGUGGACAUAACAAAGACCCACAGCUCCUGCAUAAAAACAGGAUUCAUAGUAGAGACUGUAAAGGGACGAUUAAUCUGCUUCAGACCGUCCACUACAUGGGUUGAGGAGGUUUACAAUCGAAGGAUCAACUCUGAAGGCAGCGGCCUGCAGCAAUAAACAUCCUGGACUCUUUUGUGUUUGGAAUGAAUAAGCUUUAAUUUGUUUUGUAUGUAAAUACACUUCAACAAGUGAAUGCUCAGACAUUUUUGACCUCAUACAA